AGAAGAAGAACACAGGCACGAGCUUGUAUCUUCAUCCUGAUGUUGUUGAAUGGGUUAUUUGUGUGUUUGUAGCAGCUAACAGUGGUGAUCAAUAUGCCGAGUGUUAGCCAGCACUCUAGUGUUUCCUGACUUGUUGAGAGACUAGACGGGGACAUGUUGAGCGCCGAGUCGUUACAAGUGGCGGAGGAGGAGGUGGUGGAGUCCAGCUCCAAUAAACUCGGGGACAUUUACACUUUUGUGGCUAAAGGCUGCUUCCCUCAGACCAUGAACCCUUUACGGAAGAAGAACCUCAAGAGAUACGCACAGAAAUUCAUCAUUGAUGAGGGCAAGCUGUACUAUGUGGGACCCAAAAAAGAAGAGAAGAGAGAGGUGGUGAUCGAGGCGGAGAGGAAGAGGCAGAUUUUUCUUGACUGCCACUUCAAUGACAUCGGUCAUCACCUGGGCCAGAAGAAGACCGUCCACAGGAUCCAGAGCAAGUACUACUGGCUGGGGAUCAUCAAGGACGUAGUGGACUGGAUCAAAGUGUGUGAGACGUGUCAGCACACAGAGAGGAAUAAAAACCUGGCAAGAACUGUGCGACCUAUAAAAGUGGAUGCACCUUGGGAUAUUGUUGGGAUUGACAUUAUAGGGCCUUUCCCAGAGACACAGCAAGGCAACACCAAUGUUACAGUCCUCAUUGAUUACUUCAGUAAAUGGCCAGAAGCUUUUCCAGUGCAGAAGAGAGAUGCUGUCUCUGUUGCCAAAUGUAUUUCCAAAAGCAUUUACAGGUUUGGUGCCCCUAAAACAAUAGUGUGUACACAGAAUGCUGACUUCUGUGAUGAGGUGACAAGGUUGCUGUGUGACAGAUGGAGCAUCAUGCAGAAGGUGUGUCCUCUAGAUCAGCCUCAGCUGAACCCUCUCCACGACUGCACCAGUCCUUUACUGAAGGAGGCCAUUGUGCAGAUGGUCACAGAGAAACAGGCAGAAUGGGACGACUUCCUGGACCCUGUGCUCUUUCUGUUCAGGACCUCUACCAACCCUACCACUAAGUUCAGCCCUUACUCUCUCAUGUUCAACAGGAAAGCUAAUUUACCAAACGAGACUGUGUCUAGCCUGCUGAAUUAUGAGGACCAGGAGCAGGAUAUGUAUUCCACAAAGGAGAAGGCCUCGACGUAUAUGACCAUAAUACAGGAGCAGCAGAACUCUGUGAAGCAGCUGGUGAUAGCCAAUAUGAACGCAGCCUACAAACAAGAGAAGAAGAAGAACGCCAAGCGCAGGACUCAUAACAUGAACUCAAUGACCUUUAAAAUGGCCGACCCUUUGUUUGGUGCAGAAGACUCGCCCUCCCCCAAAAAACUGAAAGACAGUUUGUAUUUAUCGUUUCCCGUUGAGACGGUGCUGGCCACCGAGCAGAGCAGCUCAGAGGACAUGAAGACGGAGUUAGCUUAUCAUUUAGCCGAGACGGACGUCCACUGAGGACGCUUUACCAGGAGCUGCAUGAAGCCAGAUGUUGGUGGAGUGUCCUAUGAAGUCACUGCAGAUUGAUAAAAACAACAACAUUGUUUCCCAUGAAAAUGAUGUUAACUUAUUUUUUUCACUGUCAUAAAAUACAUGUUGAAGCUUCAAGACUUUAAAUAAAGGUGUCGUUUAAUUUGUCUACUA